GAUCCUAAGUGAGUAGUCUCGUCGGCACCAUGAAGCUGAACGUCUCCUUCCCAGCCACUGGCUGCCAGAAGCUCAUUGAAGUGAAAGAGGAGCACAAGAUCCACACCUUCUAUGAGAAGCGGAUGACCGCAGAGGUCUCUGCAGAUAUGCUUGGUGAGGAAUGGAAGGGAUAUAUUGUCCGCAUUAGUGGUGGCAACGACAAACAAGGCUUCCCCAUGAAGCAAGGCGUUCUGACUCACGGACAUGUCUGCCUGCUGCUCAGCAAGGGCCACGCAUGUUAUCGUCCCAGGAGAACUGGAGAAUGGAAACACAAAUCUGUUCGGGGUUGCAUUGUCGAUGCCAACCUUAGUGCCUUGAAUUUGGUCACUGUAAAGAAAGGUGAAAAAGAUAUUCCUGGACUAACUGACACCACUGUGCAUCGUCAACUUGGUCCCAAAAGGGACAGAAUCCGCAAGCUGUUCAGUCUCUCCAAAGAAGAUGAUGUUCGUCAAUAUCUGACGGCAAAGGUUGUCUCUGAUUUCCUCUCGCCAAGUACCAAGGUCUUCCCAGGACAGCUCGGGGCCCGAGACAAAAAGAAAUCCAAAAUGACCCCCUGA